GGGCAAUGUGCCAGCCGGUCCAAAGGUGAAAGGAGGCGUCUAUAAAGAGACAGCUCCUUCUCCUUGAGAGAGACCGGCAGAGUUUGCGUAGGGAUUCCCCCGGCAGCUGCAAAAUGAGCUCGGUGCAACACCUGGCCACCACUGGCAUCUGCGUCUACCUCUGCCUUGCCGUUGGCCUCGCCGCUGCGCCUGCGUCUUUAGAGGAGGAGAAGGCCCCUGCCUACUGGAACGAGAGAGCCAGGAGGACGCUGGAGUCGGCGCUGACCCUGGCACCCGUGACCCGCCGUGCCAAGAACAUCAUUCUCUUCCUGGGUGACGGCAUGGGGAUCUCCACCGUCUCCGCCGCUCGGAUCUACAAGGGGCAGCUGGAGGGAGGGCCCGGUGAGGACAGCCGGCUGGCCAUGGAGACCUUCCCCUACGUCGCCCUCGCCAAGACAUACAACGUGGACCGGCAGGUGCCCGACAGCGCUGGCACCGGCACCGCCUACCUGUGCGGGGUGAAGGCCAACGCCAAAACCCUGGGGGUGAGCGCCGCCGCCGUCUACGGCAAAUGCAACACCACGUGGGGCAACGAGGUCCACUCCAUCCUGCACCGGGCCAAGCAGUCGGGCAAGUCGGUGGGCAUCGUGACGACCACCCGCGUGCAGCACGCCUCGCCGGGCGCGUCCUACGCCCACGUGGUCAACCGGGAGUGGUACAGCGACGCCGACCUGCCCAAGGAGGCCGCCAGGCAGGGCUGCAAAGACAUCGCGUACCAGCUGGUGCACAACACAGACAUCAACGUGAUUCUGGGCGGUGGGAGGAUGUACAUGACUCCCCGGAAGACCCCGGACCCCGAGUACCCGACGGACCCAAAGCAGAGCGGGACGAGGAAGGAUGGACUCGACCUGGUUGAGAAGUGGCUCAGUGCCAAGGAGGGGGCGCGGUACGUCUGGAACAAGGAAGGCCUGGACGCCGUGGAUGAGAACUCCACUGACUACCUCCUGGGUCUCUUUGAGCCCAAGGACAUGAAGUACGAGCUGAACCGCGACGCCAGCACGGACCCCUCCAUCGUGGAGAUGACGGAGAAAGCCGUCCGCAUCCUGCGCAGGAAUCCCCGCGGCUUCUUCCUCUUCGUGGAAGGCGGCAGGAUCGACCACGGGCACCACAGCAGCAGAGCCAAGCAGGCGCUGAGUGAGGCCGUCCUGCUGGACCGGGCUGUGGCCCGCGCCGCCGAGCUCACCGACGCCGCGGAGACCCUCACCGUGGUCACGGCCGACCACUCGCACGUCUUCAGCUUCGGCGGCAGCACGCCGCGCGGCAACAGCAUCUUCGGCCUGGCACCCAAGAAGGCCGAGGACCGGCGGCCGUACACCAGCAUAUUGUACGGGAACGGGCCGGGCUACGCCAUCGCCAACGGGAGCCGGCCGGACGUGAGCAGCCUGCCCAUCGAGGACAAGGAUUACCGGCAGCAGGCGGCCGUGCCCCUGGACACCGAGACCCACGCCGGCGAGGACGUGGCUGUCAUGGCCAAGGGGCCCAUGGCCCACCUCUUCCACGGGGUGCAGGAGCAGAACUACGUCGCCCACGUCCUGGCCUACGCCGCCUGCCUGGAGCCCUACCACGUGGGCCCCGAGUGCCCGGCCCCGAGCAGCAGGUCAGGCAGCCCGGGCCUCGUCCACCCCCCCAGCCUCCUGGUCUUCGCACUCGGGGCAGCCUCCCUCCUGCUGAGGAUGUGACAGCGGACGUUGAUCUCGGCCAGGCCUGGGGGACCCCCCCCUGCCCUCUGCCAGCAGAGCAGCCAGCGCCCCCCAGGCUGCAGGGCUGGGCCGGCCCCGGUACCACACGAGAGAGACGCUCUCGCUUGCCCGUGUAUAUAAUUUUGUAACCGUCUCCUGCCCUCCCAGCCCCCCGGAAAUAAAAUCU